AAGCAUAUGCUCUUUGAAUUUUGACUUUUUUUUAAGGAAGAGAUCAAUGCUGGCUUCAUCUUGCCCGUACAUUAAGACUAGGCCCCAUUGUUCACGAAACUAACGGCUCAGAUUGAACAGCAUGCCAUCCAGUAUUGACUUUAAAGAAUAAAGUCUGUUAAUGAGAGCUCAGUGAUUCAGCACAAACGGGGAAACUCAGCCACACUUUCCCCUUCCCAGUUCCAAUUUCACUUUGUUACUUUGUUAAAAGGGAAAAAGAAACAAUUAAAGAUUAGAGGUUUUUCUGUCUUCCAAUUCAAUAAAAAGUCCUAACUUUAUCGUAAAGAGAAAGGGAAGCAAUGAACGUAAGCCGUCCGGCGGUGCACCCGGUAGAGGCUCCUCCGAUGACGGAGGCGGCGGUGCACGGUCCUAGAGUGAGGAUGAAGGACGUCCAAGGCAUGCCUGGGACUAAAGGGGGCCUCUUUCUUCGUCUUUCUCAGUUCGUUUUUGCCAUCAUUUCUGUCUCCGUAAUGGCCACCACCAGUGAUUUCCGCUCCGCCACAGCUUUUUGCUACCUUGUUCUUGCUGUUGGCUUGCAAAGUUUUUGGAGCCUGUCCAUGGCAUUUGUUGACAUAUAUGCCCUCUUGGUGAAACGAAACCUGCAAAACCACAUAGUAAUCCGUUUGUUCACCAUUGGUGAUGGGGUAAGAGUCUCUUGAUCAAUCGUACAAAGUCUGCAGCAAGGCUUAUCACUAGAUUAUUUUUUUGUUUACCAUUUAGGUACUGGUUGUGGUUUAACUCUAGGAAAUUUGUAUGGUUUCUUGCUCUGUCCUUCCAUAAAUGUAUAAGGGCAUUACCUAAAGUUGAGUUAGUUGAUGGGAGCUUUGAUUUGGUUUUUUAAACCAAUGUUUGGCUUAGGCAUCUUUCCAUGCAUUCAGUUGCAGGUUGGUUUUAUGCACACACAAUAUUUCUUUCAGUUCUUUAGGGUUAA